AUGGACCACUGUGAUAGAUCCCAAAGGACACGCGGCAUUUUGCGACGGGAUGAGAUGCCUCUUACUUCUAUUCUAAAGGUGGAGAUUUUUGACGUCUGGGGUAUUGAUUUCAUAAGACCAUUCCAUAUGUCAUUCAAGAAUCUGUAUAUCUUGGUUUGUGUCGACUAUGUGUUGACGUGGGUGGAAGCAAUUCAUCUGCCUACUAAUGAUGGAAAGCAGUUUGAUGCACUGAUGAAGAAGUACAAUGUUUAUCAUAGAGUGGCGACUCCGUAUCAUCUCCUGACUAGUGGACAGGUUGAGGUAUCCAAUAUAGAGCUGAAGAGUAUCCUUGAGAAGACCGUGAACAGCUCGCUUAAAGAUUGGUCUCUGAAGUUGGAUGAUGCGCUAUGGGCAUAUCGAACGGCAUUAAAAACGCCAACUUAUAUGUCCCCCUACAUACUGGUAUGCGGAAAGGCUUGUCACCUGCCAGUUGAGUUAGAGCAUCGGGCAUAUUGGGCCAUUAAGGAGCUAAACUUUGAUCUUAGACUCUCAAAACAGAAGCGUCUACUGCAGCAGAAUGAGCUCGAGGAGUUUCUCUUGACGGCAUAUGAGAAUGCCAAGUUGUACAAGGAAAAGACAAAGAAAUGGCAUGAUGCUCAUAUUGUGCCUAAGAAGUUUACAAAAGGUAGUUAUGUGCUACUGUGUAACUCUCACUUAUGUUUGUAUCCUGGCAAGCUCAAAUUGAGAUGGAGUGGACCAUUCAGAGUGCGACAUGUAGAUGAACAUGGUAUAAUUGAGCUGGAAAACGCAAGUGAGGAGGCUUUCAAAAUCAAUGGAUUGAGAUGCAAGUCGUACUUAAGACCGUUGAUAGAUUAA